AUGGACGUAGAGGACUUGCGGAAAAAAAUCUACCCUACACGCGUCUUGAUGUCUCAUCAUGAUCACCAGGAAGGUCAAUGUUCAUGUGUCCAGCCGAAUCCCCUGGCUCAAACCCUCGAGGAGUUAGACUUUGAACGUGGUAUUUGGAACUGUGCAGUUUACGGAGAUACACUCAGACUGUCCUCUUUGCUAAAAUCCGGCACCAAGGUCGACGCACAGGACAAUUACGGUUACACAGCUCUGCAUUACGCUGCUAGAAAUGGACGCCUCGAGGUUUGCAAAAUCCUCCUGGAACACGGGGCAGAUGCCUGCCUGGCCACCAAUUCCCUCAAGGCUACUCCUCUGCAUCGUGCCACCUAUGCUGGACACCUGGCUGUUGUCAAGCUCCUAGCACAGGCUGGUGGCAGUCCUCUAGUGCUGCUUCGGGAUACGGACGGCGAGUCCUGCUUGCAUUCCGUAAGUGCACAUGAAAAGCCUCGUUACUUUUCGUUACUGCUGACUUUUUUCCCGAUUAUCUCAAUCCACAAUUAG